AUGCAACAACAACUAACGCCAACCAGCCCACUCACACCGACGCCGUCCGACGAACCACCUACCAGACCGAUAAAAAUGACCGCUCCGCCACCUUCCUCCACAGCAGCUACUCAAAGGCCCACCAAAACGCUCACAAACACGACCACCGGCCAGCCACGGGCUCCCGGCCGGCAUCCCAAUGGAAGCCCCAGGGAAAGACCGUCUGGAACGACGCCACCCAACAACACGGAUCCCUCGCCACACCCCAUGCGGUCACAGGAAGAGCAGUCUAUCUGUCCACAUACCAAAUAUCGCACAACGCUUGCCCCAACUGGGCGCAACAACAGACAGUCCGAAAUAGAUAGCAGCCUGGUUAGGGAGAACGCUUUCAGUCUUGUACCGGCCCUGUCCGGGGAAGUCCCGGCCAUAGCUGAUGCGCCUCCGGCGGCUGCCGGUACAGGGGACCCGACACCAUCCCGGGCAACAACCAACAUUCUUCAUCUCCGGGAGGAGGCCUAUGUUACCCAACGAACCCCUACCGCAACCAACCAGUAA